AUGAUCUCAACAAUCAAUCGAGAUUAUACUUCAACAGAAAGAAUUGGUCUUGCGUUAACUAUGGCUUUAGUUACAGAAGCUUAUAGUCGUAUUGUACCAAUCGCUCAAAAUGCAGUUACAGGAAAUAAUACACGUUUGUUUGAACCCAAAAAAGGCACUGUUCAAUUGGAUAUCCCUGAAGAACCAAUUUUUCUUCAUGGUCAUGUGUUUGGAUACGGUGAUCCAGAAAGAAAAUAUAUUGAAGAUGUUCAAUUAGACGGUCCUAUUCUUCGAAUACUUUUCGAUAUAAAUGCUUCGUCUCCACAAGAAUCAGAUCAUGAUAAACAAGUGUCUUGGAACUCUGACGAAAUGAAUAAAGUGGUUCGUAGAUUAGAAACUGAAAUUGAAAACAUUCGUGAUACUUACAAAGUUCACGGACUGACCAUCAUUACUCGAAAUAGUUUCAUCGAUAUCUACAUAGUAAGACAUGGUGAAACUGAUUGGAAUGCUCAAAAAAGACUUCAAGGACAUACAGAUAUUCCUUUAAGUGCACAAGGCAAACUACAGGCUUAUCAGCUUAAAGAAAAGUUCGCUGACAUUCAUUUUUCAAAAAUAUUCUCAUCCGAUUUAAUACGAGCGCGUUCAACCGCUGAACUGAUCCGUAGUUCGAAUAAAUUACCUAUUAUCGAAACACCACUUCUUCGAGAAAGAUGUAUGGGAACAUGGGAAGGACGUUUGGCUGAAUCAUUAGCAAAUGAAUUACUACUGUAUUUAUUUGAAUUUUUGGAUGGAAUUCAUUUAUUUCGUGCUUUUCAUAAUUUAAAUUCUCGAUUUAAUCAUCUACUUUUUAUUCAUUUUCGAGCUUAUCGUUUUGAUUUUCGUUCAAUAUCUAAAUAUGAAUUUGAUAUUAUUUGUCAAUAUUAUCUUCCAUCAAUUAUUGAUCAAAUUAUUUCUUUAACUAUUUCUGAUGAUGAUGAAACACCUAGUCAAUCUGAAAUUUUUCUUUCAUAUAAUUUUACUCUUGAUAAAUUUAUUCAUUUACAAUCACUUACACUUUAUUCAAUUCAAUCAUUUGAUAAAUUAGAUCAAUUAAUAUUUCAAUGUUGUCAACUUCCUUAUUUAACACAUCUUUAUAUGAUUGAUGGUUAUAAUGAUGGUAGAAAAAAUGAUAUUCAAUUUUUAAUUAAUAAUAUAUGGAGUUUACCAAAACUUUAUUAUUUUUAUUUAAAUUAUCAUUCAUCAAGUAAAAUAUGGUUAAAUAAAAUUUCAAUUAUUUCAUUAUCAAUUGAAAAAUUAUUUAUUGAAAAUAUUACAUGUACUUUACAAGAUCUUUCACAUCUAUUUAAAUAUACACCUUCUCUUCAAUAUCUUAAUACAACUAUUCAUUUUAAUUUUGAAGAUGAACAAAUACCUAUUGUAACAUUAUCAUCAAUUACAUCAUUAAAAUUAACAUUUGAAAGCGUUCAGUGUCAUCGAAAUAUGGCUUAA